GCAAAAAGGAUGGGAAACGAAGGAAUAAGCUCGAAUGGUGGAAUAUAGUCUACGGGGUGCUCAGUUUUUCUCAGGAAAACAAUCGUAAGUUUUGCUGAAAGAUGAACAAUGGUUUCACUUGGCAAGCUUUGUAUAGGAAGCCCCAGUUUUCCUUUGCCUUCCACUUUUCUUGGUUCACCCCGAAAGCUUCGUAGAAGCACAUUUACAGGUGGUCCAGACUUGAAGUGUAACCGAAGUGGAAGAUGUAUCAGGGGAAGACAGACCACCGUCUAUGGAUUUCUGCCAGUUGAUCCAUGGGCACCCACCAUUGAUUCUGAGAGCAUAACUUCACAGCUUUUUGCUGUUUCUCUCUUCCCUUACUUGGGUUUCUUGUAUUUCAUCACAAAAUCGAAUUCUGCUCCAAAGCUCACACUCUUCGGAUUCUACUUCUUACUAAUCUUCGUGGGAGCUACAAUCCCUGCUGGAAUAUAUGCCAAGGUGCAUUACGGAACCUCUUUAUCUAACGUAGAUUGGCUUCAUGGUGGGGCUGAGUCUUUGCUCACUCUCACCAACUUGUUUAUUGUGAUGGGAUUACGUGAAGCUCUGAGAAAGACUAAGGAUGAAAAGGAAAGCACACCAAGAGUUCUUCCAAGGAUCAAAGAGGAGGAGAAAUCCUCUGCUUAGAUAUGGAAGAAAUUUUGGUGUUGUCCUGCUUUUGCCCUGCUUCUGCAUGACUCUAUCUUGUGUUGGCUGUCUGUUUAACUAAACCAUUUUAACUUUGGUUUCCCAUUGCAUUUCAUACGCUCAAGAUUUUCUCAGCUCGAGUCCUCCCGGGUUUGUUCCUUAAAAUAUGAAGUUAUUGACAGUUGGUAAUGACAUAAGAUGAGCCUAUGAUCUGUUAAGAUGUUAUGCAUCCAUAUGCUACUAGAAUCCAAAAUGUAAUGGUUUCAUUUCUGUAAAGAACCUGGUGUAGCAUCAAUGAAUGAAGCCAGUGUGCUUCAGC